AUUUGUACAUUCAAACAUAAAUCAUAAAUUCAAAGUGCUUAACAUUUUGUCAUUUUCAGGUUUUUCCUGGGCAUGAAAUACCAUUUCCUUGGUGAGUAUGCAUGCCAAUAGCAAAGAAGGGGACUUACUAAUCCUACUCCAUGGAAUGUUACUAUGUUUUAUGACUAUCUAGAUGAACUCGAAAACAUUGGUCGCCUGAAAAAUAUGGGAGAACAAAGUGAAGACAAAAGUAAAUUGACAGCAGAGAAUAUGCUCAAGACAGAUCUCGACCAAACUGUGCAAUGGACUUCAUCCAUCGAAUGCACUGUUCCAUCACAGACAGCAGUUGGGACGAUUUAUAAUGUGGACAUUGUCAAUGUAGUGUGCAAUUGUCCAGCUGCAACAACAGGAAGAAUGUGUAAGCAUGUUCAUUUAGCUGAAUUGAUUGCUUCUAAAAGGAACAUCGACCUCACUGUAGAGUGCAUAUCAGAAGCAAUGAAUAUACUUAAUGCAGAACAAUAUUUUAAUGACAGAGAUAACAACCAGGUAGAGGUUUAGUCCAGAUUGGAAAAUGUAUCAGUUGUUAAUUUGACCUCAUUCAAAUGUACAUGUUUUGCCAAUAGCCAUGGUAAACAUUUUGUUUGUGUAAUGGUAGCAAAAAUGGUAGUUCCAUCACCUGACAUAGCGUCUACCUCGAUUGAUGAAACAAGACAACAAUUAAAGAAAGACAAAGAAACAACCGACCAGGCUAUUAAAAGAAAAAAUGAGGAAAUCAAUAUAUAUGUAAACAAUAAAAAUUUCCAGACAACUGACGUGAAUAAAAAUAAAACUAUUUUACAAGCACUCACAGCGGCAUUACAUAUUUGUAAGACAACCAACUUUUCCAAAACAACAAGAAAGCGAAAGCAACAACCGCUGUUUCCAAGCAGAAAAUCCAAAAGUUCAAAAGCUGAUCAUGAUUAUUAAGUAAGCUGAAAGUGUGUUCUGAAAAAACGGGGGCGUAAAGAUAAUGAUGAUGGCAGUUUCAAAUCUACCCAAAGAAAGAAAGGAUCCAUUCGUAAACCAUUUCAAUGAAAAAAAUGAUGAAAUAUUAUACUAAUUUUGAGAAACUGCGUUUUCUUGAUAUUCAUUCAAAAAUUUUAUUUGUAACAUUGGUGCCUAAAGGCUUUAAAAGUAGGACAUAUACAGUUUGCUCUUGAAAUGUUUUGCAAAGAUACUGAUGUUACCAAAUGUAUAUAAUUUAAUAUAACAAAUACCUAGAUUUUUCUAAUAAAGAUUUUGUCAAGAAGAUACAUUGGCUAAUUAUUACAUUGGACUUGGUCUGUUUGCUGUCUCAAGUAGGUAAUAUUUUUUAAGCAAAUGAUAAAAUAUAUUUUAAGUUAAGAUAAUACGUGUGAUGUGUCUAAUAAAUCAUUACCUGGCAGCAUUGUCUCUAUUGUCUUCUAAGAGGCCUCAAAAACUUUCCCGUGCAUUGCUUUGUUAACAAUUGUUUUAUUUAGUUCGCCUAUAACAUGUCCAAUAAUUUCUCUGCAAAUAAAAGUUAAGACAACAAUUUUAUUAUUACAGCACAUUUCUCUACCUACAUGAUUUCAUAAAAUGACAUCAUUUUAAUUCUUCUAGUUUUAAUAAGAAUCAUUUAAUCUUAACAAAGAAAAGACUUUACAAGAGUGCAUAUUAUUUUAUUGACUUAAAUUUUUUUUUAAAUGUUUUAAUAUGUUGGUUCUAUGAUGCUUAAUUUAUAUAAUUAAUAACAAAAAAUGUAUUCAAUAAUUUCAAAUGUUUCCUAGCUACAAAAAAAGAGCAUGUUAAACCGUUGAAAAAAUAAAUGAGAAAAGCAAUGUUAUACAUAUCAACAAUGAAACAUAGGACCAAAUCGAAUUAUAAGGCCAAAUUAAAUAGUAAUUUGUACAUCAAUAAUUAUAAGUCAAUUAUUCUACCUAGCUUUCCGAUAAAAAUGUAGUGUGGAUUGUUUCAACUUUCAAAUCCAAUAUCUGCACAUCGAGACCACAGGUCCCCAAAUCAAGUAUUUGCAUUA